UACUACUACUCCGCAUGCGAUGGAGGCACAAAUUCUAGAUUACACCUUGGUACCAUUAGGCCUACUAAUAAUGGUGGGAUACCACAUCUGGCUCCUCUAUCAGCUCGUCAACCACCCCUCCACCACCGUCAUCGGUUUUCAAGCUAUCAACCGCCGCUUCUGGGUUUCUGCUAUGAUGGAGGAGUCACCAAAGAACGGGGUUCUGGCAGUGCAAACCCUGAGAAACAACAUAAUGGCGUCAACCCUGUUGGCAUCAAUGGCGAUCAUGCUAUCCUCACUCAUCACCGUCCUCAUGAGCAACCAGGGCGGUUACAGCUCCCCUGGCGGAUUCGUCUAUGGAGACAAAAGCGAGCUAAUGCUAACACUGAAAUUCUUCUCCAUAUUAGUCUGUUUCUUGUUAGCAUUCUUGUUCAACGUCCAGUCCAUUCGUUACUACAGCCACGCCAGCAUACUAAUCAACGUCCCACUAAAGAAUCAGCAGGGGCAGAGUCUUCAUCAUUUGACGGUGGACUAUGUGGGGAGGACUGUGAACAGGGGAGGGUAUUUCUGGGCACUAGGUCUGAGGGCUUUUUACUUCUCUUUGCCUCUGUUCCUCUGGAUCUUUGGACCCAUUCCGGCCUUUGUUAGCUGCUUUGCUCUGGUUUUGAUGUUCUAUUUUCUUGAUGUGACAUUUGACUUUCGUGGGGUUUGUAAUGCUUCCGACGACCACCACCACCACGAGGAUGUGGGGUGCUAGAGCAAUUGGGGUUUGUAUUCAACUUAAGUUGAAUUGAAUUGCUCUUC